AUUUUAAGAGAGCGAAUGAGUCGAGUAUGUAUUGUUGUUUUGGAGGAGGUAGAAGAUGAACCUCCUGCAUUCAUUUCUAAAUUGCCACAGGAAAAUAAAUCCCUAUAUUCUCCACCUCCUGGAAAUGUAUUGCCAUCAUUGGUGCAAGCUAUAUUUAAUGGAGAUCCUGAUGAAGUUCGAGCACUGAUAUUUAAGAAAGAAGAUGUUAACUUUCAGGACAAUGAAAAGAGAACUCCACUACAUGCUGCUGCCUAUCUUGGAGAUGCAGAAAUUAUUGAACUGCUUAUUUUAUCUGGAGCUAGAGUUAAUGCCAAAGACAACAAAUGGUUGACACCUUUACACAGAGCAGUUGCAUCAUGUAGUGAGGAGGCAGUUCAGGUACUUUUGAAACAUUCUGCAGACGUUAAUGCUCGAGACAAAAAUUGGCAAACCCCUCUACAUAUAGCUGCUGCUAAUAAAGCUGUAAAGUGUGCUGAAGCUUUGGUGCCUCUGCUGAGUAACGUAAACGUAUCUGAUCGAGCAGGGAGAACUGCUUUACAUCAUGCAGCUUUCAGUGGGCACAGUGAGAUGGUCAAAUUAUUGUUGUCUAGAGGCGCCAAUAUUAAUGCUUUUGAUAAAAAAGAUAGACGUGCUAUUCAUUGGGCAGCAUAUAUGGGUCACAUGGAAGUAGUGAAAUUACUUGUGACACACGGAGCUGAAGUGACAUGCAAGGAUAAGAAGUCAUACACACCUCUUCAUGCAGCAGCUUCUAGUGGAAUGAUCAAUGUUGUCAAGUAUCUUCUAGAUCUUGGAGUUGUUAUGAAUGAGCCAAAUGCAUAUGGAAACACACCCCUCCAUGUAGCCUGCUACAAUGGACAAGAUGUUGUAGUGAAUGAGCUUAUAGACUGUGGUGCUAAUGUAAAUCAGAAGAAUGAGAAAGGAUUUACUCCUUUGCACUUCGCUGCUGCGUCAACACAUGGAGCCUUGUGUUUAGAACUUCUAGUUAAUCGUGGGGCUGAUGUUAAUAUGAAGAGCAAAGAUGGUAAAACCCCUCUACAUAUGACUGCCCUCCAUGGUAGAUUCUCCAGAUCACAAACCAUUAUCCAGAGUGGAGCUGUAAUUGACUGUGAGGAUAAGAAUGGAAACACCCCUUUGCAUAUAGCAGCAAGGUAUGGCCAUGAGCUGCUAAUCAACACUCUCAUUACAAGUGGUGCUGACACUGCAAAGCGUGGCAUACAUGGAAUGUUCCCCCUCCAUUUGGCAGCCUUAAGUGGUUUUUCCGAUUGCUGUAGGAAACUUCUUUCUUCAGGCUUUGAUAUAGAUACCCCAGAUGAUUUUGGCAGGACCUGUCUGCAUGCGGCUGCAGCUGGAGGAAAUUUGGAGUGCCUGAACCUUCUGCUGAAUACUGGUGCUGCAGACUUUAAUAAAAAGGACAAAUUUGGAAGAUCUCCACUGCACUAUGCUGCUGCCAACUGCAAUUACCAGUGCCUGUUUGCUCUUGUGGGAUCAGGAGCAAGUGUGAAUGAUCUGGAUGAAAGAGGCUGCACACCCUUGCAUUAUGCAGCUACAUCAGACACAGAUGGCAAGUGCCUGGAAUAUUUAUUAAGAAAUGAUGCAAAUCCAGGGAUUCGAGACAAGCAAGGAUAUAAUGCAGUUCAUUAUUCAGCAGCUUAUGGUCACCGUCUUUGUCUUCAAUUGAUUGCAAGUGAAACUCCUUUAGAUGUUUUAAUGGAAACCUCAGGAACAGAUAUGUUGAAUGAUUCAGACAACAGAGCAACAAUAAGCCCUUUGCACUUGGCUGCCUAUCACGGUCACCAUCAAGCACUUGAAGUGUUGGUACAGUCUUUGUUAGAUCUUGAUGUCCGAAAUAGUAGCGGAAGAACACCCUUAGAUCUUGCUGCAUUUAAGGGCCAUAUUGAAUGUGUGGAUGUACUCAUCAAUCAGGGAGCCUCAAUCUUAGUGAAAGAUUACGUUUUGAAGAGAACACCUAUACAUGCAGCAGCAACAAAUGGUCAUUCAGAAUGCUUACGGCUACUUGUAGGAAAUGCAGAACCACAGAAUGCAGUAGAUAUUCAAGAUGGAAAUGGACAGACUCCUCUAAUGCUGUCUGUCCUCAAUGGGCACACAGACUGUGUCUACUCACUGCUGAAUAAAGGAGCAAAUGUAGAUGCCAAAGAUAAAUGGGGAAGAACAGCGUUACAUAGAGGGGCAGUUACAGGCCAUGAAGAAUGUGUGGAUACAUUACUUCAACAUGGUGCUAAGUGCUUGUUUCGGGAUAGCAGGGGUCGAACACCUAUUCACUUGUCAGCUGCUUGUGGGCACAUCGGUGUUCUUGGAGCCCUUUUGCAGUCAGCGUCAUCUGUGGAUGCAAAUCCAGCCAUAGCAGACAAUCACGGAUACACAGCACUUCACUGGGCUUGUUAUAAUGGUCAUGAAACAUGUGUAGAACUUCUUUUAGAACAGGAAGUUUUUCAGAACAUAGAAGGAAACGCAUUCAGUCCAUUGCAUUGUGCUGUGAUAAAUGACAACGAAGGUGCUGCUGAGAUGUUAAUUGAUACGUUAGGUGCCAGCAUUGUGAAUGCCACAGAUUCAAAAGGAAGGACUCCUCUCCAUGCAGCUGCCUUCACAGAUCAUGUAGAGUGUUUGCAACUAUUACUCAGCCAUAACGCUCAAGUCAAUUCUGUGGACUCUUCUGGGAAGACACCUCUCAUGAUGGCAGCAGAAAAUGGACAAACAAAUACAGUUGAGAUGCUGGUUAGCAGUGCUAGUGCAGAUCUGACUUUACAAGAUAACAGUAAAAACACUGCCCUCCAUUUGGCUUGCAGCAAGGGUCAUGAAACUAGUGCCUUGUUAAUACUGGAAAAGAUAACAGAUAGAAACCUCAUCAAUGCAACGAAUGCAGCCUUGCAAACACCUCUGCAUGUUGCUGCGCGGAAUGGGCUAACAAUGGUGGUUCAGGAACUGCUGGGGAAAGGAGCAAGUGUUCUUGCAGUAGAUGAAAACGGCUAUACCCCAGCUUUGGCUUGUGCUCCCAAUAAGGAUGUGGCUGAUUGCCUCGCUCUCAUCUUGGCCACCAUGAUGCCUGUCUCAGCAAGUAACUCUUUAUCAUCCCUGACCUUCAAUGCCAUUAACCGUUAUACCAACACCUCAAAAACAGUUAGCUUUGAAGCUUUGCCUAUCAUGAGGAAUGAACCUAGCUCCUAUUGCAGCUUCAACAACAUUCUCGGGCAGUUCUUAUAUACUGAUGUGGAUGAGCUCAAUGACUCUGAUUCCGAGACCUACUAAGAAGCUGAGCCAGAGGUCCAGAAGGACAUACUGACACUAAUGUUUCAAACUGUGCUUCUUCAGGGAAAAGGCACUUUCUUAUUCACAUACAAAUUCAACCUAAGAGGAAGGAUCACAGAGUGAGCAAAUAUAAGAAAAGGAUGACAUUAAGAAGAGUUUUAAAGGCAAGUUUGCAAAAGGAACUCCUAGAAUCUUGAAAUAGACUUGACCAGAAGAAAACGUUUUGAUGUCAGUUUGCUUUGUGGAACCUUUAAAUUUGAUUUUGCAGUGCCAGGAAAAUUUGGGACACUGUGCACCCUAAUCUGCUUACAACACACUGUUAUUAAAGAAGAGAUAAGGACACUAGAUUUAAUUUACCAAUAAAACUAUAAAUUAAAAGGCAAUAAAAAUGUGGUACAGUAGGCAUUAUGUGCACAGUAAAUUGCCAAAGGACCAAAUAACUUAAAGGUUUGUAAUAGAAUGCCAUUUGUGGAAACUGCAGGUGUAGGUGAGAUGAGAUGUUACCUAAACCAAACUUUAAUAUUUCUGAAAAUGAAGUGAGAUUUGAAUUUAAUUUUUUUUAAGAAAACAUCUGAAAGCCUUCUAAUAAUGUAUUAAAACAUGAAAGAAAACAGGUGUAUUUUUACAUUUUCUUUCUUUUACAUAAAAUUUUAAGAAUUCCAGCUUUUAUAAUACUAGGUUGGAAAACCAGCUGACUGGAUGCAGUCGGGGUGAAAAUUCUUGUAAUAUAGAUUUGAGCUAGAUUGGGCUCAUGCUGUUCUUGCCCAAUUUUGAAUUCAGCUAUUUUUGUUUAAAAAAUGUAAAGAAAUUCUUGAAAGAAGAAAAUUCCACGAAAUCAAAAUGAACAUUAUUUUCACCCUGUUGCAGCUAAGAGGUAAUGAUGUUUCAGUCUCACUACUUUGGAUAGAAUACCUUUAUCACUUAUGUUACUUUGUGCCUCCAGAAUGGAUUGGUGAGUUGUCCUUUUUUUAGGGAAGAAUCAGAAGAAAAACAAUCCUUUGUUACUUGUAAGGUAUCAUCAGGUCUCUUGGAAGAUUUUCUGUGUUGCGCAAGAUUUAAAAUUCUAAAGCCUUUAGGUCCUAAUCACAUUUAAGCAUCAUGUUUGUAACAUGUUUGGGGAAAGAAGCUAUUGCCUGCAGGAUUUGAAUCGCUUUCCAAAUACAGAGGAAAGCUAAAAAGGCUGAUGUGCAGGCUUUUAAAUAACUAUUUUUAUGGUUCUGCUUUUACUGUAACUGUCACUUUCCCAGUGAAAACGAGUUAACAUACAGAGGGGCUCUUAAAGGUCUGGGUAACGUUCCAUAAAUUUUCUCAAAAUACCCAAUUUCAGUUUAUCCUUUUUGUAUUGUGAAACUGGAAACUUUAUGACAUUGUAAAUUAUCAGCUGGUUUUUCUGAAUAUAAAGUGUGAAAACACAGAACAGUAUUUUGAUCUAUUUGAUAAUUUUGUGGGGAUUUUGAAGAAAUAAUGAGCAUGUACAUAGAAAUAGUGACUGCUUGAAUACUGUAUUUACUUGCACUCUUUCAGUACAUCAAGAUUCCUGUAUAUUUUAGAGUAUAAUAAAACACAGAUGUGAGUUGUAUUUAAUGAAUAA